AUUAAAAUGGAAGUUUCGAAAAACGAGCAGUUAGUUGACACGUAUGAGAAAAUAUAUGGAGAUGAAUGCCGAAUUUGUUUAAAGAGAGCUGCUGAAAUAUGUGAACUUUUUAGAAAUGGGGACGCUAUUUCUCGCAAACUUAUGGCCGUUGCUUCUGUACAGGUUGAAGAAGGGGAUGGUUUACCUCCAGUGAUCUGUUUGCCUUGUAAUCAGCGUUUGGAUGCAUCUUAUGAUUUUAAAUGUCAGAUACAAGAUUCAGAUGAAAAACUUCGUCAGGUUCUGAAACUAAAAUCCUCUGCUAAUGAUUCUGUUACUAGUGCCAGUAUAGUCACAGCAAUAAUUGCUGAUAUGAUAUCUAGUGUAAUAUCUUCUGAAAAGGAGAAUACAGAAAAGCAAGAAGUUUGUUCAACAAAUUUUUGUCCUGAUAAUUUUUGUUUCAUAAAAGAUGAGACCUCUUUUUGUCUCAAUUCAGAAAAGAACUUGUUUUGUUAUGACAAAGAACCACAGAGUCAAUUAAAUAACACAGAAGAAAAAAGAAGUCAGGAUAAUGUAAAUGUUUAUAAAAGUUUAUUAGAGGAUGAUUCUGUAAGACAAAUUAAUUCAAUUAAACAAGAAGGUUUGCCUUUAUUGGAGGAACAUGUAGUGCAAAAUAAAGAUAUCUCAUUAAAGGUUGAAGUAAAUGAUGCAUCAGAAAAUCAACAAAUGUUAGAAGAGACAAUAAAAACAGAUGGUAUUCAAGAUGAUGAAGAAAAACCACUAAUUUCACGCACAAUUAGAUUUCGCUGUACACAGUGUAUUAAAUCUUUUCAUACAAAAGUGGCCUUGCAGAGACAUGCCAUUGUACAUAAACGUAAAACUAAAUUACGUUAUGUUUGUUAUGUUUGUGAUAAACAGUAUUCAACCCUUGCAAAAGUAAAAAAUCAUGUAGCAAUUUGUCAUGAGUCUCAUGACAGAAAAGAAAAUAUUCAAGAUAAAAGAAUUAAUUAUGAGCAAGGGAAAGGAAUUGCAAAUGUACAAGAUAAAAGGAUUAAUAAUAUUCAAGACAAAAGAAUAAAAAUUCAAAAAAAUGAUGACUCUUGUAAAGAACAACGAAAAAGCCUAAAAUUUACAUGUAAAGUUUGUUCAAAACAAUUUACUUAUCAAAAGUCUUUUAUUACUCAUGCUAAAAGUCAUCCAGAGUAUAAAUCAGAAGAGUUGGAUGAUUCUUCACAAUGUUCAGCAAAAGAAAGAUCCACAGAAAUGGUUGAAGAAGAAGAAGAACAAAGAAAUCUUAAAAGGCAUGUUUCCACACAUAGUGGGUUAAAGUACACUUGUGGAACAUGUGGUAAAGGAUUUUCAAGAGUGGAUAAAUUAAAAGAUCAUGAACAAUCAAAACAUAAGGCUGAAAUUUUUGAAAACUCUGAUUUGGAUGAUAAAGAUGACAUGGACAAUAAAGGAGACUGUUUAGAAGGAAGAAAAAAAGAUCGUCACAAUAGACCACAUAAAUGUGUAAUCUGCCCUAAAUCUUUUGCGCAGGCGCAGUCCCUAGCAAAUCAUAUAGAACGUCACAAACGUGUUAAAGAAACUCAAAAAAGGUUUCUUUGUGAAGUCUGCAGUAAAUGUUUUGCACAGAGUGGUUCCUUGGUUGCGCAUAUGCGAACACAUACAGGAGUUAAACCUUAUGUUUGUAACGUGUGUAGUAGGGCUUUUACAAAGAGCACUUAUUUGCAAUUGCAUCUACGUACGCAUAGUGGAGAAAAACCAUAUAUUUGUCAGUAUUGUAGCAGAGCCUUUGCACGUGCGAAUACAUUGGCACGUCAUAUAACGAUGCACACAGGAGAAGCGAAAUAUCAUUGUCAGAUUUGUACAAAAUCAUUUAGAAGACUGACUUCACUGAAUGAACACACUUACACACAUACUGGUCAGAGACCAUACGCUUGCAAAAUUUGUACAAAAAGAUAUAAUAAUGCUGGGUCACUUUAUGCACAUAGAAAGAAGUGCAAGGCACAGCAGCUAUCUAAUACUGGAUUUGCGGUUUCUGUGGAAAACUCUGUGCCGCAACAAGAUAUAAAUGUUCCGCAAGUUUUGAUUUAUUCACAGAGGAAGUUAGUCGAGGAUGCGACUGUUGGGCAAAUCACACCUACGCCACAGUACAUGAUCGCAAAUAUACACAAUCAAAAGAGCCUGGGAUCAAAUAUUAUCCAGCCUUUUACAGUGGAUGAUCCAAAUGUUUAUACAAUUAAUUCAAAGCAAUUUAAGAGUCCCUAUUAUGCGAUUUAUCCAAACAUGUAA